GAGGAAGGCACGUAAUCCAAGGACCAUGAAACAGAGAGGAAGUUCAGAUGCUGGAUGACCAUCUAAAAGUUGAAUGAUUGAUCUGUUUAACUCUGAGUACGAUCCUGUAUAUUUCUAUGAGUUCAUGCUAGGUGAUUCCUUAUCACCUAAUAAAAUGGGUCAGGAAAAUUCUCGUCCCAGUCACAAGGAAGCUAGCAAUGACAUGCAAGACAAUAAUAUAGAAGAUUCUUCAUCUAUUUCUCAGAUUCUGAGAGAGAACUAUUUAGCUGAAAACAGAAUACUUCAAGAGAAUAGUGAACAUAGCACAUCUAUCUCCUCUUCUCACUCCUAUCACCACAGUGUUUGCUCUAGUAAGGUUGAGGAGCUAGUAGGAUCAGAUGACCUUUUGGACCUUUCUGCGUUUCUAAACCAGGAAGAACUUGACCAAAGUGUGCAUUUGGCCAGGCAGUCUAUUGAUCAAGAUGGAAAACCGACAGAUACACAGACAAAUCUUAAAUGUCCACCAAGAGAAUUGAAAAGGCAGUCUAGAUCUGCUGUCAAGCCAGAGGUGAGCAAAUCAAGUAAUUCAUCAGUUCCUGAGAAAGAACAGUUGUCCAACUUUCAUCAGGAUCAUGUAGAACAAGACGAGCAACAGAACUCAAUAGAAGGCCAUAAGGAAACAAAAAAAACACAACAGAGAUUCAAUCCCUAUGGAACUGAAACAGAGAAUAAAAAGGAAUUUCUAAAUAAAGCCGCAGACUUUAUUGAAGAACUUUCUUCACUUUUCAAAGCCAACAGUUCCAAACGCAUCAGGCCAAAGACAUUAAAAAAUCGUAGGAGCAAACGUGAUUUAAAAAGUGGAACACUUGAAGAAGACAUUUCUAAUUACACAAGUCAGUCAGAAAGUCGAGAGAGAUCCGUGUGCACGCCAGUAGAGACAGAAAUAAAUACUACUGUCACUGAGGAAAUCGAUAGGUUGAUAGCUGUAGAACCGUUGGAAGCUGUAGAACCAGAGACUGAUAAGGAGGCUUUGCAAGUUGAAACAGAUGCACCACCUUCUUCUUUUUAUCUAGAGGAGACAAUUGGCCAGCCUCCAAAUUUUAUUCAGAAAUUAAAAAGUAGAGAAGUUACAGAAGGAAGCAAAGUACAGUUAGACUGUAUUGUGGUUGGAAUUCCAAGACCUGAAGUAAGGUGGUAUUGUGAAGGUAAAGAACUAGAAAAUUCACCAGACAUUCAAAUCCAGAAAAACGGAGAUAUAAAUUCUUUAAUUAUCACCGAGGCAUUUGAAGAAGACACGGGUCGAUAUUCCUGCUUUGCAUCCAAUAUCUAUGGAACUGACUCCACAUCUGCAGAGAUUUAUGUAGAAGGAGCAUCUUCCUCUGAGUCUGAAGGUGACACAAUGAAAACAGACCUGGAUCAGUCUCCAAGUGAAAGCUCUGCAUCUGAUACACAAGAAAAUAUUAACAAGGAAAUGAACCCUCCCAGCAACGUGCAGACAAUAAAUAUACAACCAACAAUGAUUCAGCAGUCUGCAAGUCCAACCAACUACCUACAAGGACUUGAUGGGAGGCCUCUAAUUGCAGCACCUGUUUUCACAAAGACAUUGCAGGAUCUUACAUCUUCCGAAGGCCAGCUGGUUGUAUUUGAGAGCAGAGUAAAAGGAUCUCCGUCUCCCAAAGUUGAAUGGUACAGAGAAGGAACACUGAUUGAUGACUCUCCAGAUUUUCGCAUUUUACAGAAAAAACCACGAUCUAUGUCAGAACCCGAGGAGAUAUGCACCUUAGUAAUUGCAGAAGUAUUUGCAGAAGAUUCUGGAAUGUUCACCUGCACAGCAAGCAACAAAUAUGGCACCACAUCCAGCACAGCGUUCCUAACAGUAAAAGGUACUGAUGUGAAUGACGUUAAAUCUCCGAUUACUAUAACCACAAUCAACAUAGAUGCCUUCAAGCAAGAACCUUUGCCUCUGACUCCGCCUUUGGUUGAGCCUCCCCCGAAGCCCAAAUUAGAAGGUGUGUUAGUGAAUCACAAUGAACCACGGCCAAGUUCUAAAAUUGGCUUAAGAGUGCAUUUCAACUUGCCUGAAGAUGAUAAAGGAAGUGAAACAUCAUCAGAAGACACCAUCACAGUGGAAAAACAAUUUGAAACAAACACAGAGGAUAUGCUCAAUGGUCAGUCAUUUGGAGCAAAUAAAGAGCCACCACCAGUAUUUGCUAAACCAAAAUUAGACCGCGGAAAGCUACAGCAGCUCCAUAACCAAGUUAUGUUUGAACAACAACUCCAGCCUCCAUCUUCAAACCCUUCGACAAAGGAUGUGCCGCCUACCUCGGUUGUUCAGAAUUCAUCCACGAGUGCCCAAUCUUACAUGUUUGCUCGUCCACUUCAGUUUCUGACCAGCCCAGAAUUUCCAAACAAUACACCAAUAUCUAAAUACCCAGCAUCCACACCCAGCACCUUGUCACAGCCUAAACCAUGGACACCUAGCACAGAAACUUCCCCAGAAUUAUAUCCUGACGCUGUGCCAUCUUUAGCCAAAAUGGAGCCAUCAUCUUACACCCCUACAGAAUUAUAUUUUUCUUCACCACCACCUUCAACACAGAUGGUCAAGAAUCAUUUCCAAGCACAAACUGUAUCUCCUACUCCUGUGUCCCCUCCAAGGAUUCAAAAUUCUGUUGCAUUUCUAAGUUCUGUUCUUCCAUCGCUGCCUCCUACACCUGUAUCAACAAAUGCAAUGGGUCUUCCUAAAAGUACAUCUUUUCCUAAUUCUCUUGUUCAUAGGUCUUUUCCUGGAACCACAAAGAAAAAUUCCAAGUCAGUGAGAUUUAGCUCACAUAGUCAAAUACGUGAGAACAAAGAUUUUGUUGUACGUGAAUUAGAAAGAAAGCUUUCCUUUAGAGAUGAAUUAUCUCAACCCAGCCCACGACAACAGGAAUAUAAAAUCUCCAACUUUGAGCAGAGGCUAAUGAAUGAAAUCGAGUUCCGUUUGGAGCGCACCCCAGUGGAUGAAUCAGAUGAUGAUAUUCAGCAUGAUGAAAUACCGACGGGAAAGUGCAUUGCCCCAAUAUUUGACAGAAGGUUGAAGCAUUUCCGUGUGGUGGAAGGAACGCCCGUUACAUUUACAUGCAAAGUAGUUGGGAUUCCAAUACCUAAGGUGUAUUGGUUUAAAGACGGCAAACAGAUCUCAAAGAAAAAUGAACACUGCAAGAUGAGUAGAGAAGGGGAUGGAACGUGCUCGCUACACAUUGAAUUUGCCACUAACGAUGAUGAUGGGAACUAUACAAUCAUGGCGGCCAAUCCACAGGGAAGAAUCAGCUGCUCCGGUCAUUUAAUUGUGCAAUCAGCCCCACUGCGUCCACGGACUAUCUCUACUGUUCUCUCACAUAGGGUGAGGCCGCAUCUGCCCGAAGUGGAAAAUGAAUCAGUACAAGAGAGGUUCUUCCGUCCGUAUUUUCUCCAAGCCCCAGGAGACAUGGUAGCACACGAAGGACGCCUGUGUAGACUGGACUGUAAGGUCAGCGGAUUGCCCACACCAGACAUAAUGUGGCUCCUCAAUGGAACGCCAGUUUCUCCAGAUGUCACCCACAAGAUGCUGGUUAGGGAGAAUGGGAUCCAUUCGCUCCUUAUCGAUCCAAUCUCACAGGCAGAUGCUGGGACCUAUACAUGCAUAGCAACGAAUAAGACAGGGCAGAAUUCAUUCAGCCUUGAGCUCAGUGUAAUGGCAAAGGAAAUAAGGAGACCACCCAUAUUUUUGGAGAAACUGCAGAAUUGUGGAGUUCCUGAAGGGCACCCAGUUAGGUUAGAGAGUAGAGUUGUCGGAAUGCCUCCACCGGUAUUUUACUGGAAAAAAGACAAUGACACCAUUCCUGUCUACAAGCAACGCUUUAGUAUGCAUCAAGAUACCACAGGAUAUGUCUGUCUCCUUAUCCAGCCUGCAAGGAAGGAGGAUGCUGGAUGGUACACAUUGUCUGCAAAGAAUGAGGCAGGGAUUGUCUCCUGUACGGCUAGACUUGAUAUAUAUGCUCAAUGGCACCAUCAGAUUCCGCAAUCAAUCAAAAAAAUCCGAUCUUCUGGUACCCGUUAUUCCACUUUCUCCAAUCCCACCUCAGAUUUCCUCAGCAGUUCCACUUUAGCGGAAGCAUUUCAGGGUUUCUCGCCAGCACGGGAUGUGGUUGAAAGUGAUGAGCUGUGAAAUCAGUUGGCUACAGUAAAACGAAAACUGUGAAGAAAAUAUAGCCGGAAAGUUUACAAAUUGCCCUAUUUUUUAUUUUAUUUUAAAGAGAACAAAUGAUGAAAAAAAAAAAAAAGCAAAACAAAAGAGAACUGUACGGUUUCCGUUAUAUUUUUCCUUAUUGACCCUUUUAUCCACCGACUUGUAGUAUGUUUCACACUUUUACAUCAUAGGGGCUUGUUAUUCGUUGCUAUCUACAUAGCGACAGAAAUGGUUAAAUAGAUUUGCCAUUAAUUUUGCCUGUACACUCCAGUGAUAUGCACCAUGGCGGGUAGCUGUGUCACUGACAAAACUGGCAGUGUGAUAUGUUUGAUAACUGUGUUUUCCCUAUUUAAUAUUUAUGUUCACAUGCAGAAUUCUAAAAGUCAACUAUAGAUAUUAUAUUAAAAUAUGUAUUAUUUUUAUGUACCAGAUUCAUUGUUCUGUAGUGAUGCUUACACUGUAGAUGCUACAAAGGCGAUUGUGACACCUCCUAGUAUUUAAAUCCUGGAAGCUUGUCUAUGUCAAUUGAUAAUUGAGUUGUAUCAUCAAAUAAAAUGGCAACAUAGUGCAUAUA